UAUAUGCUGGAAAAUAGCAGAUUGGAAAUGUAGGCAGGGAACCAAAGGACAAAGAAGAUGAUCAGAAAAGUAGAUCAGUAGAGUAGGAGAUGGAGCCAGAAAUGGAGAAGAGAAGAGGAGAAAUAAAUACUAAUAGGGACGAUGAGAAUUGGGUUUAUGAUUCGUCUGUAGAUCAUAAAGGAAGAGUUCCUCUCCGUGCUUCAACUGGCGUAUGGAAAGCUUCUCUCUUUAUCAUCACUAUUGAAUUUAGUGAGAGGUUAAGUUACUUUGGAAUAGCAACAAAUCUCAUCUCCUACCUCACCCAAGUGAUUCAUCAAGACAUCAAAACAGCAGCCAAAAAUGUGAACUUCUGGGCAGGGGUCACAACCAUAAUGCCUCUGAUUGGAGGCUUUUUAGCAGACGCCUACACUGGCCGAUUCAACAUGGUUCUGUUUUCAUCCCUCAUAUAUAUAAUGGGCCUAAGUCUCUUGACAAUUGCACAGUUUAUCCCAAGUCUAAAGCCCUGCAAUACAAAGAUGUGUCUAGAACCUAGAAAAAUUCAUGAAGUGGUACUUUUCAUUGCCUUGUAUUUUAUCACUGUUGGAACUGGAGGGCACAAGCCAUGCCUUCAAAGCUUUGGAGCUGACCAAUUUGACGACGAUCACUUGGAAGAAAGAAAGAAGAAAAUGUCCUACUUCAACUGGUGGAACUUUGCACUUUGUUGUGGUUUGCUUCUUGGUGUAACAGUAAUUGUUUAUGUUCAAGACUAUGUGAGCUGGGGUGUUGCAGAUCUCAUUCUCACAAUCACCAUGGCUAUUACAAUUGUGACCUUCUACAUGGGGAAGGCUUGUUAUAGGUAUAGAGUGCCAGAAGGAAGCCCUUUGAUACCAAUGCUGCAGGUAUUGGUUGCAGCCAUAAGAAAAAGAAACUUACCCAAUCCUUCAAGCCCUGCUUUGCUAUUUGAAGUUCCCAAGUCUCAGAAGCACUGCCAAGGAAGGCUUUUACUUCACACGAAUAGGCUUAGGUUUUUAGACAAGGCUGCGAUAAUUGAAGAGCAUGUCAGCACAUCUUAUGAACAGAAAUAUAAUCCUUGGAGAUUGACAACACUAACACAGGUGGAGGAGGUGAAACUUAUUUUGAACAUGAUCCCCAUAUGGCUAACUUCAUUAACAUUUGGAGUAUGCCUGGCACAAGCCUCAACAUUCUUCGUCAAACAAGCUGCUACAAUGAACCUAAACAUCACUGACAACUUCAAAAUCCCUCCAGCCUCCAUAUAUUCUCUUGGGGCCAUUGCAAUGCUAAUCUCUGUCACAGUCUAUGACAAGAUUCUUGUUCCAAUUUUAAGAAAAGCCACGGGCAAUGAAAGAGGCAUCAACAUCCUGCACAGGAUUGGAUUUGGGAUGAUUUUUUCAGUGAUGGCAAUGUCAGCUGCAGCAUUAGUUGAAAGAAGAAGACUAAAAGCUGAUGAGCCACAAUCCAUGAGUGUGUUCUGGUUAGCUCCACAGUACAUAAUUCUUGGGCUUGGAGAUGGGUUCACUCUGGUUGGCUUGCAGGAGUAUUUCUAUGACCAAGUUCCUGACUCAAUGAGAAGCUUGGGUAUUGCUUUUUAUCUGAGUGUGAUUGGGGUUGGGAGCUUCAUAAGCAGCUUUCUGAUCAUGGCUGUGGAUCAUGUCACAGAGAAGGGUGGGAGAAGUUGGUUUGGCAAGGACUUGAAUUCUAGCCGCUUGGACAAUUUCUACUGGCUAUUGGCAGCCAUGAAUGGUUUAAAUUUGUGCUUUUAUGGGUUGUUGGCUAGGGGCUAUACUUACAAAAAUGUGGAGAGAAGGGUGGUUGUUGUCACUGAUGUGUAAUGGAAUUAAGCAGUCUAUGCCUUGAAUUUAUGCAUAAUUUAGAAAAUUGAGAACC